UCAGUUGAGCUGCUCUCAGGUGAGUUCCAGGUGAGCUGCUCUCAGGUGAGCUGGUCUCAGGUCCAGUCACCUGGAAGUCUGACCCGAGGUCGGUGUGACAUCACGGCGGAUCGACGGCGCACCUGUUUCACACACGGAGAAACCAGGCAGUCCAGGUCCCAUGUCUUCAGGAGGAGCUGCUUUUGCCACCAGGUUUGACCGGGUGAGGGAAACCCCUUAUUAUGACCAAGUCCCUGUGGAUUUCCAUUGGCAGGACAUGGGACUCCCUCCCCCCCCAGCAGCACCUCUGCACCCGCUGGUGCCGGCCGGCAGCUUUGAGCCCCUCCCGCCUCCUCCUCUACCUGACCAGGCGGCCGUUGGGCCUGAGUCCUUCUACCCCCCCGGCAAUAGUGAGCCGGCGGAGGAAGACUGUGACGCAAUGGACAUAAAGCCCGUCCACCGCUUCCUCCCCGACUCCGUCAAGAACUUCUUCCGCAGCAGCGGUGGCAGCCGGGGCUCCAAGGGUAUGUCCAUUCCCUCUCUUUCCUCCAAAAGUGGCACCCAAUGCCACACCACAGCAGGAGUUCCCUGCUCGCCCCCCAACUCCGCCCCUCCGUCCCCGUCUCUUCCAGGGUCCUACCGGGACCCCUACGGUGGCUCUGGAGGCAGCUACACAUCCCAGAAGGAGCGGGACGGACUGCUGCUGGGCGCCGAAGCUCAAGACUUGGCGUCUGCCGUGCCCAGUAAUUACUCUACCCAGACCUACCAGGAGCGGGUGGAGGAGUACCACCAGCGCUACGCCUACAUGAAGUCUUGGCCCGGCCUGCUCCGGAUCUUGGGCUGCGUGCAGCUGCUGCUCGGAGCUGCGGUCUUCGCCUGCGUCUGUGCUUACGUCCACAAAGACAAUGAAUGGUUCAACAUGUAUGGAUACACCCAGCACCAGGUGUACGGCGGCUUCGGGGGAGGUGCAUACGGACACGGGGGCGGUUCCUACACCGGUCCAAAGACGCCUUUUAUCCUCGUGGUGGCUGGUCUUGCGUGGAUAGUGACUGUGAUUUUGGUGGUCCUUGGGAUGACCCUGUACUACAGAGCCAUCCUGUUGGACUCGUCCUGGUGGCCCCUCACGGAGUGCUCUGUCAACCUGGUGCUGGCCGUGCUCUACCUGGCAGCGGGGGUGGUGUACGUGAGGGACACCACUCGAGGAGGGAUGUGCAACACGCCGGCGUUCAACAACGGACCGAACGCCGCUUUCUGUCGCACCGAAGCCGGACAGACGGCAGCUAUCAUCUUCCUCUUCUUCAACAUGGUGCUCUACUUCAUCAGUGCAGGGGUGUGUCUGAAACUGUGGAGACAUGAAGCAGCCAGGAUGAGGAGGAAGGGGCUGGAGCAGGAGAUGAAGACCACCGGGUCGUCGGUCCCGCUGCCUGUUCUGGACUCGUUCUCCCGGGCCUCCGAGAACACGCCUCUUCCCACCGCGCAGCCGGACAUCACCACCGGCCGGAGCUUCCCCGGGGCUGCUCCCAUGAUGGCGCCGGAGAUCCUGCGAGGCCACAUACCGGCCGGACACAUCCCCAGGCCCGUCGUCAUAGCUGACUAUGUUGCAAAGUAUCCCAGUAUCCAAUCGGAUGAGGAGAGGGACCAGUACAGAGCUGUGUUCAAUGACCAGUAUGCUGAGUACAAGGAGCUGCACGCUGAGGUCCAGGCCAUGGCCAAGAGGUUUGAAGAGAUGGACGAGAUGAUGCAGAGCGUCUCGGCUAGGCCUUCCAGCCAAAUGGAGAGGGAACGGAUCGAUGCCAUUGUAACGGAAUAUCAAAGAAAGAAAGCUGACCCAACGUAUCUGGAGAAAAGGGAGAGGUGCGAGUACCUGAAGAACAAGCUGUCUCACAUCAAACAGAAGAUUCAGGAGUACGGCCAUUUGCAGCCACACGUCAGGAUGCCGAGGAAGAAGCACAGCCAACCGCACAGCAGCAAGCACCGGCACAGCGAGGUCACCUCCAACCCCGUCUACUCCUACUAUCCAGGAGACAAGAUGCUUCACUUCUAUCGCUGGACUUCUCCGCCGGGUGUCAUGAAGAUCAUGUCCAUCAUCAUCAUCGUCAUGUGUGUGGCCUUGUUCGCCUGCGUGGCCUCCACUCUGGCGUGGGAUUAUGACAUGAGCCUCAUGGGAGGUGGAAGUAGCCUAAUACCGGGGUACGGCGGCGGCGGCGGGUACGGCGGCGGCUCGUACGGCGGUGGCUCGUACGGCGGUGGCUCGUACGGCAGCGGCAUUGGUGGUGCUGGCGGUGGUGGAUAUGGCUACGGCGGCGGAACACAGAUUAAUCCCAAAGCUGGAAAGGGCUUCAUCAUCGGCAUAGCUGCCAUCACCUUCAUAGCAGUGCUCGUCAUCUUCAUCCUGGUUGUUUCCAGGCAAAAUGCGUCCCAGUCUCCUACCUUCUACCUGGCGGCCAUCAUCAUCUGCGCCAUCCUGGCCUUCCUGAUGCUCAUUUCCACCAUCGUGUACCUGGUAGCGGUCAAUCCCACUGCGCAGUCCUCAGGAUCAAUGUACUACAACCAAAUGCGGCAGCUGUGUUCGCAGUACCAGACCCAGACUCAGGCCCAGGGCAUCUUCAUCAACCAGUACCUCUACCACUACUGUGUGGUGGAGCCCCAAGAGGUGAUAGCUAUCAUCCUGGGCUUCCUGGUGUUUGUGGGCCUCAUCAUCCUGCUGGUGUUUGCAGUGAGGACCCGAUCAAAGAUCCGGUACUGGGGCCCCGACCGCAUUCUCUGGGAGGAGGUGAAGGUCGUUGGCACGGUCCACAACAGUAUCGGGGAGUGGGUAAAGAAUGUUUCCGGUGAACCCGAGGUCCUGCUGUCGGAUCCCCCCAGCUACAGCAAGCCCCUCUACCUGCCCGGGGACUCGGACAUCAGCAGUUCUGUUGGAGGCCUGAAGCCCAAGCUGAGAGACUACGAUGCAGAUUCUGGAGAUGAGCUGGAGGAAGGGGAUUUCAGUGUUUUGUUUCCAUCCAUUCUGGACGAACAAGAGCGGCUGACCUAUAAACGGGAGUUUGACCGGGACCACACUGAGUACAAGGACCUGCAGGCUGAGCUGGACGGCAUCAACCAGGACAUGGCCGACCUAGAAAGAGAGCUGGACCGGCAGCCGCAGGGCAGCCCGCAGUUCCUGGACGCCAUGGGUGAAUACACAAGGCUGAAGAACAUCAAGAAGUCCCAGGAUUACCAGAUCAGGAAGAGGAAGUGUAAGUAUCUCCGGUCCAAACUGUCGCACAUCAAGAAGAAGAUCAGUGACUACGACCGCCGGCCGUGAGCGCCCCCCGGAGGCCGGCUGGAGUCCUGCUGCUCUGUUUUCCCGGGAGAAGAGGCCACGGUGGCGUUCAGUCCCGCCGAGCUUCAGGGAUUCUCCAACCAACUUUUCCUGGAAUCUGGGACUCCCAGCGAGAACUAUCAUGAAGAAGAGCUGAAGUGUAUUGUUUUCUUCUUCAUUUUUCAAUGAGUUGUUUUCUUUCAGUGAUUUUAAAGAGCCAUAUUUGUAUUUUUUAGAGUUCAACUGUUUUAUGAUCCAAGAAUGCAGCAAACCUAAGACGUGUUUGCAUUUUGGCUUGGGUGACUUUGGUGCGUCUCUUCAGUAGUUCUUCUGUCCAGUCUGCAUCUGCUGUGCUCUGUUUCCUGUUAUCUUCCAUGUCAUCGGGUAUCACAUAGAUCUGCAGCUUUAUUCCUGUCAGAUGGACAUGAAAAGAGAUGCAAGUGAUUAUUGAUGUAUCAGUCGCUUUGGAAAUGAUUGUAAAACCACGUCAUGAUUAAAACUGUUAUUUCUUAGUGGUGAGAAGCCGCCGGGCUCUCCUGUGCCUUUCUCUGUGAAACAUACGGUGAAACUUUAAAUAAAAACUCUUGAACAAACA